GGGAGGAAAACGUAGGAAGGGGCGAGAGGAGGCUGUGCUCGGGGUGCGGAAGAGUCAGUGCGCGGCGAGGCGCGCCAGCUGCCGCACGUCAUGAUUCUACCCCAGAACAACCUGACAGACGGGGAAGAAGAUCUGCCUGAAGACAGUUUCUCGCUGUUGUCGGUGCUUCUAUUUCUUCGACCCAUUCUUUCAGGAUUUCUCUUUCUGGUCUUGAUAUUCUUAUCCGUGGCGGGCAACAUUUUAGUCUGCGUGGCAAUUUACACGGACCGCGGUUUACGGAGAAUAGGAAAUUUAUUCCUCGCCUCCCUCGCCAUCGCCGACCUGUUUGUCGGUUGUUUGGUUAUGACAUUUGCCGGGGUGAAUGAUCUCCUCGGCUAUUGGGUAUUUGGACCGCGAUUCUGCGACACCUGGAUCGCUUUUGACGUUAUGUGCAGCACUGCCUCUAUUUUGAAUCUUUGCGCAAUAUCUCUCGAUCGUUACAUACACAUAAAGGAUCCGCUUAGAUACGGUCGUUGGGUGACAAGAAGAGUCGCGGUUGCUGGAAUCGCUAUCGUAUGGUUGCUCGCAGGACUCAUAUCCUUCGUGCCGAUCAGCCUAGGCCUUCACCGAGCAGAUGAGCCCGUAAUGUAUGACGAUGGUAAAGAGGAACAUCCUACGUGCGCCUUAGACCUUACACUCACCUACGCGAUAGUUUCCUCUUCUAUAUCUUUUUACGUGCCCUGCAUCGUAAUGCUGGGAAUUUAUUGCAGGCUCUAUUGCUACGCACAGAAACACGUAAAAAGCAUCCGUGCAGUAACGAAACUGCCGGAUACCUCAAUGGCCAAGAGUUUUCGUGCGAAAAGUACUCGCAACAAACCACCAAAGCCGCAAACAAAAACGAAGCCGACAAGUCCUUAUCAUGUGUCUGAUCAUAAAGCCGCUAUAACAGUGGGUGUAAUUAUGGGUGUUUUCUUAAUAUGCUGGGUACCCUUUUUCUGCGUAAAUAUCGUCGCUUCAUAUUGCAAGACCUGCAUAUCAGUCCGAGCAUUCCAAGUACUCACUUGGCUCGGCUACAGCAACUCGGCCUUCAAUCCGAUCAUCUACAGCAUCUUUAACACAGAGUUUCGAGAAGCAUUCAAAAGAAUUCUUACAAAAGGUGCGCGAGCCCGAGGAAACCAACCGUCGACUAGCGAAUGCGGAGAAUUUCGAUCCGUGGUUGUGCAAAAACGAAACGGGUCUAUGAUCGAAUGUAAUAUUAGUCCAAGAUCAAGCGCGGACAGUUGUCAAGUCGGAAUGAUGGCGCAAAGACAUCGCGAUACUAUCGUCAGUGCGAUAUAAUCAGACUCGAAUUUCUCCCUUCAGAUUUAUCGAUCUUCCUAUCGAACGAAUAUUGCGCUUCAGCGCAUAAAAGUGCGCAUUUCGCCUUCCCGCGCAUUUCGCGAAUUUAAAUACAGUUAAAAGAUUUUCCAUCGCGGUCAUUGAUCCUAUGUAAGUGAUUUUAUUAAUAACACGUAACACGUUAACACGUUGACUGCCACGCGAUUUUUAUAUAUUUUGCUCUUUAAAUAUACUAUAUAUUUAAUUUUUGUAAAAUAUUGUAUUUGUGCAUUUUUUAUCUAACAUUGUUAUCUAAAUUAUUCAUAUUGUUGAAAAUUUGUUAGUUCCUAAAAUUUAUCUUAUUUUAAUCAUUCGAAAAAAUUUGGUAAUAUGUAUCAUCGAUAACCAUCGUGGCAAUCAACAUGUUAAUAAAAUCAUGUCGGAAAUAUUACAUCCCUCCUGUCAUCAGUCUUGCGCGUGGCACUCUACGUUCUUCGUACGAAUUUUUCAGUCGAAUCGAAGAGCGUUACAUGAACAUAUCCAUAUAUAGUAGUUACAAAAAGUAUUUAUACAUACCUUUAUUUUUCAUUUUCAUUUUCAUUUUCACAGUAUCAUUUCUUUUUUCUUUUUUUUUUUUUUUUUUUUUUUAGUCAUAUGAAAGUACUAUUAAUGACACAAAAUUUAAUAUACCUAAACCUAAUUAAUUAGUAUGUAAAUGCUAUAAUAGAUACAAUGGUGUACAAAUACUUUUUAUAGCCACUGUAAUUUUUCAAGUUCCAAUAAUGGUAACGAGUGGAAUAAAAUUUGCAACCAUCUAGAACAGUAAUCGUAACCGUCGUUGUCAACUUCAACGUUAAACUUUACCGUUUUAUUAUACAGAAAAUGUAUUACAAAAUCUACAAAUGCUUUUCGAGAUAUCGAAUUCGUUGAGUUAUCGAGUUCUCCACGACAGAUAUUCCACAUAUUUCUCAUAUUAUCUGCAACAAACAACCAGAUUUAAACCACGUACUUUAUGCAUAAAAUAUCUCGAAAUAAUAUAGAUUUUAUCGCCAUGAGCAACAGUCAUCAAGUAACAGUACGUUUCCUUUCUUUUCCUUUCCCCUCUCACCCCAAACAGAAAAAGGUUACAUGUGGAUUUUUUUUGCUGAAUAUUUUUCUUUCAUCUAUGGUGAAAGGGGAAAAGAAUUUAUCGAUAUAAAUGGACGGUUAAGAAAAAAUAUUUACUUAAAGACAAUCACCAAAAGGUAGUUCAAAACAUAUCCGUGAGACAUAAUCUGCUCUUACACUAAAAGGAAUAAACACGAAUUAUCAAAAAAAAAAAAAAAAAAAAAAAAAAAAACAAUCGAACAGGAGGAUAUCAAUUUAAAAGUAAAAAAGAACAAAAAAAAAAUAAGGAUUAAAAUUCGUGGGUAGAGAAAUUCGAAACUAGUAUUUAGGUAACAUUCUCAUAAAGCAAUUGUAAUUAUAAAAUCAUGUUAAUAGCGCAUCUACGAUGUGAAGCUGGAUGUUACAUUGAAGUACUAAUAGUAACGUCUAUUGAAUCGUAGCUUAUACAUAUUAGUACUAGGAUCGCGGUGGAAUCCGCACAGAUUCAUUUUCCAUCUUGUAAAUAGUCAUUUAUUUAUUUUUCUAUUUGACGGGACACCAACACGCGAUCCACGUAUUUUUGCAUUGUAAGCGAUAUUUCGUUUAGGUGCUAACGUGUGGCAAAACUGUUGCGCAACCCGUCGAAUCUCAACUCUGCGUCACUUAUCUAAACGAAAAAAAUCCUUGCAAUAUGCAACCGACGCUCAUUGAGUCUCUUCCAUCAUCUAUAUCAGCGAUUUGCAAUGUGCACUGCAUUCCGACAAAAGAGAGACUACAGUUAGGGUAUCGUAAUAAGAUAAAAAAAAUACAGAAAUCCUACGUUUUUUCUGUCGGAAUGAUACGUGCACGAAGUCGAUGUAUACUAAUGAUAUAUCUGAAUGACCGUUCUCUGUAAAUAUAUUAACGUAAGACUUCCACGCGAAUAUUAAA